CGUUCGCCUGCGGCGGUGCCGGGGCAGCCGCGGGGCCUGCGCGGCGGGAGGAAGAGGAGGAGGAGGAGGAGGGAGCGCCAUGGCCGAGUCCUGGGCCGGCUUCUCGCAGGAGGAGCUGCGGCGGCUGCGGGGGCAGCGCCCAGAUUUGUACGAGCCCUCUCCGCAGCAGCAGCAGCAGCAGCAGCCUCGUCCCCAGGCUGUGCCCAAGACUCGGAAGCAAUCACAACGGGAAAAAGCCCUCCAGCAGCAAAGCCAGAGGCUGGGGCUGCAGGGAGGAGCAGCCUCUGUCACGCCAGAACAGCUUCUUUCUCCACCACAACCCAAACCGUGUCACCCCCAGCAGCCCGAGCCGGCAGCUGGGGAUCAGAAGCAAAGGGACAGCCAAGAGAAGCAGGAGGGAGUGACACCGGCAGAGUCCUGUAAUGGCAGGGACAGUGCCCAGCCCCGCCCUACAAAGCCCAACAGCCAAGUGGAGAGAAAGAAAGUGGAAUUGUUAGUAAGUCGGCAGGAAAAAUCCCGAUGGGAAAUCCUCCAGCAGGAGCAGCGGCUGAUAGAAGAGAAGAAUAAACGCAAGAAGGCACUCCUGGCCAGAGCCAUUGCUGAGAGAUCCAAAAGAACUCAAGCUGAAACAGUGAAACUGAAGAGGAUUCAGAAGGAGCUGCAGGCUCUGGAUGACAUGGUGUCUGCUGACAUCGGGAUCCUGAGGAACCGCAUCGACCAGGCCAGCCUGGACUACUCCUACGCCCGGAAGCGCUACGACAAGGCCGAGUCCGAGUACGUGGCGGCCAAGCUGGACCUGCAGCACAAGACGGAGAUCAAGGAGCACCUGACGGAGCACCUGUGCACCAUCAUCCAGCAGAACGAGCUCCGCAAGGCCAGGAAGCUGGAGGAGUUAAUGCAGCAGCUGGAUGUGGAGGCAGAUGAGGAAAAUCUGGAGCUGGAGAUCGAGGUGGAACAGAUGCUGCAGCAACAGGAGGCAGAAGCAGGGAGACAAUCCAGCCAGGCACACAGCCACGCUGGGACAGCCCAGGAGAACCCUGCUCCCAGUGGUGUUGGGCAGGAGAGCCAGCAGGCUGACCACGCUGCUGCCACUUCUCCUGCAGUUUCUGAACAAUCUCAAAACCCCAGGACCAAAUCCCUCUCCAACGUGAACAGCCAAACUCAGGCAGUAAAUGUGACUUCAGGAGGCUCCCCAGCUUGUUCUGCCACAUGACUGCUGGACACAGAUAAGCCAGUGGUUAUGGAUGAGGCACUCCCUGCAGGCUUGUGGCUCUAUGUUGUAUCUGGGCUUCAGCAGUGCCAGUAAUACGCACUUGAUUUCUCUUUUCCUUUUUACUGUUUCCAAAUUUUAAAGGCUCUUUUCUUUCCACAAGACGCAUUUGGGGUUCAUCAUCUCUCAUCAUUCUGGUGUACGUUCAUGUUCUACUGCCCAGCUCUUCAUGGGCUUUUGUACCUUCCUGAAACAGGACAUUUGGAAGUGAACAGUAGGGUUUGUCCAAAGAUUUUCAGCUUUUUGAUACCCACGGAUGCCUGUUCUGAGCAGUGUGCAAGAGAAAGAUACCUACAGGAGAAACCUCAGUCUGCUUCAGAGCACAUUCUGACAACUGCAGUAGGAUGUUUGUCUUCCUUUGUAUCCAUAAGGGAUUAGUUUCCAACGGUUUCUCAUGCUGUGAAAGCCAAGUGCUUACAUUAAUUGCCUUCAUAGAGGUUUCUCUUUCCUGAUUUAAGGGAAAUUUGCAUAUUGAGGCAAACUGCAAAGUCAGUCGUAAUACCUCGUAUUUAUCGCUUCUCCUGUUCCUUUCAGACCAUGCUGAAUCAUGAAGCUGUACAUUGAUAACACUAUUAGCUGUGAAAUCACAGCUGCUAGGGUUUAGCAAAAAUUAUGGGUUACAGUUUAAGACAUUGCAGAAUGUAGAAGUAGAAACACACAAAAGAGUGUGUUACAUUUAAAGCUGUUCCGUUGCAGAGAUUUUCUCUGUUGUAGUUGCCUCAAAGUGCCAAUAAUUAGCCAUAAUUAGCCAAUAAUUCAUCUUGUAAUGAAUAAUCCCCAGAGUAUAUUGGAAAUAAGCCUAUUUUUGUAGAACAUUUAAUGCAUUUUCUUGCCUGAAGAGCAGGUUAGUACCCCACAAAAGUUCAGCUGAUUUGCUUUAUUGCUGUUGAAAGGCUUUAAAAAGCUAUUCCAGGUGGAGAAAGCCUCAGGAAUUAAAAGAGAACAUAGGAAAAUCUCCCAUAGACUGAUUGCAGCUGCAAACCAUGGGGACUGCACUCAGAGUUAACCUCUUGGUAUCAGGGAAGUGUGGGAAUGGUUCCUGGAAUACCUGACCUGGACAUGUUGGGUCUGAGUUUAUGAAUGAGUUGCUGAAUGACGCCACCGAGUCUAUAAAUGGGACAGUGAUUGUCUCUAUGGCUUGAACAGUGGAAAAACAUGUCACUACAUUUCACUUUUAUUCUAUUAAUAAAUCCGUGCAUCUUGUA